CCAUUUCUAGGAAAAUCUUCUCUAUCUCACACAUCCUAAGCUUAUUUGCAUUGCCAUAUCCUAGAAAAUAUGGACAAGCUCUUUUCAUUGAACUGUUGCAUUGGUUACAUUCUUAUUGUUUACUCUCUCUUUGCAUGCGUGCAUGGCAAAGAACAAUUGUCAUGCAAUCAAACACCAUACCCAAAUGUUUGCAAGCAUUACAUUGAGACAGCUACAAAUACAUUAUUAUCAACCCAAGAUGAAGAUGUUUCUUCACCUUCUUAUUCCUUCCACGGCAUGGCCCUUAAGGUCACCAUGGACCAAGCCAUUAGAGCCCAUCAACUAGUCUCAACCAUGGACCCUAAAAACUUCAAAGAAAACAAGAAAGCCAAGAUGGCUUGGGAAGAUUGUUUGGAGCUCUAUGAGGACACUAUUUAUCAGCUGAACCGUUCAAUGAAAUCGAAAAACCUAAACGACAAGUUAACAUGGCAAAGUGCUUCCAUUGCAAACCACCAAACAUGCCAAAACGGUUUCAUUGAAUUCAACUUGAAUUCUCACCUAAACUUCUUUCCAACCAUGCUGUCCAACUUCUCCAAAUUGCUCAGCAACUCCUUGUCCAUCACCAAGGCCGUGUCCAUGUUAGAAGCGGAGCAAGAAGUCAGAGGAAGAAGGAGGUUAUUGCUUUCAUCAUCAUCAAAUCAUAACAAACACGGACAUGGCGGCUUCCCUGAAUGGCUAUCGGUUUCCGAUAGGAGGCUUCUUCAGGCGGCGACACCACCAAAGGGUGACGUGGUGGUGGCGCAAGACGGGAGCGGGAACUACAAGACGAUAACGGAGGGAGUGGCGGCGGCGGCUAAGAUUGGGGGAGGAAGGAGGGUUGUGGUGCACGUGAAAGCAGGAGUUUACAGAGAGAAUGUUGAUAUCAAGAAGACAGUGAAGAACAUAAUGAUAGUUGGAGAUGGAAUUGACGCUACCGUUGUCACUGCUGACGGUAACGCACAAGAUGGAUCCACCACUUUCCGUUCAGCUACUUUUGGGGUUUCCGGUGACGGGUUCAUAGCGCGGGACAUAACCUUUGAGAACACGGCGGGUCCACAGAAGCACCAGGCGGUGGCUCUCCGGUCCGGCUCCGACCACUCCGUCUUCUACCGCUGCAGCUUCAAGGGCUACCAAGACAGCUUAUACGCCUACGCCCAGCGCCAAUUCUACCGCGACUGCGACGUGUACGGCACCGUGGACUUCAUCUUCGGCGACGCCGCCUGCGUCCUCCAGAACUGCAACAUCUACGUCCGAAGACCCAUGGGCAACCAGGACAUCACCGUCACCGCCCAAGGUAGAACCGAUCCCAACGAGAACACCGGCAUCGUGAUCCACAACUGCCGCAUAACUGCUGCCGGCGACAUGAGAUCCGUUCAGGGCUCCUUCAAGACCUUCCUUGGGCGUCCAUGGCAGAAGUACUCAAGAACCGUGAUCAUGAAGAGCGGUCUAGACGGCUUGAUUAACCCGGCCGGUUGGAAACCAUGGAGUGGAAGCUUUGCUCUCAGCACACUCUAUUAUGGUGAGUACAUGAACACUGGUCCUGGUGCUAACACUGCUGGCAGGGUUCACUGGCCUGGCUUUCAUGUUAUUAGUAGUCCCUCUGAGGCUGUCAAGUUUUCUGUUGGUGAUUUCUUGGCUGGUGGUUCAUGGAUUCCCGGCACUGGUGUCCCCUUUGAUGCAGGUUUGUAAAUCAUUUCAAAACAUUAGGUGGAUCAACUUCACAUCACACCUGAAUUUUUACCUUAUGAUAAUUUCAUUUAGUAUUCAUAUGCAUUUCUACUCGACCACUAUAUGUUGUACUCGUCUAUCCUUCAUUUUUGUUAUUAUAAAAUAUAACGCCGAAAAAAAAAGGCGCUUUAUUUUAUAAUAAUGAGUUUGAAUGAAAUAAGAUGUGUACAUUACAAAUUAAAAAGCAGUCAAGGUUGUAAAAUAUACAGGCAGGGUAGGGAAGAAAUAGUAUAUUGUCACGUAGUUUGUGUUGGGUGUUAAUUUGCCUUGUAUAGACACGGGACAAAAAAGAUGCUGUAUUUGGUUUUUAUGUCUACUACUACUUCCAUUACCUUCACGGUACUGUAUGUAGUAGUUUGUGCAAUUUGUAAAAUCCAUGUGUAUAAGGAUUUAUAGAUACAGAUAGAUAGAUAGAUAUAUAGAUAUAUUAUAGUGUCACGUAUAUAGUUUCAAUAAAGUUGUAAAAAGGCAUCAAGGCCUUGCUGAUUUGUUACGAUAAUAUAAAUUAAUUGGUUGCAUAU